AGCUAAUUAGCUAGCUUGCCAGGUGCACGAUUUUUUUUUUUUAAUUUCACAACAAUUGCAUUUUACAAGCCAGAAUGCUAGCAUGUGUGUACACUGCAUUUACUGAUAUAGAAUACAACGUUGCACUACAUAAGCGCAGAAUACUGUGCACAACAUUCACCCAACAUUUCUAUCUAUCUAUCUAAGUUGGUUAAUUACGACAUUUCUGACAGCACGUGAAGGCAACAUUGUUGUCAGAUCACACGUGCACAGGGAAGUUUUCCGUUGCCGUGGUGACCAAAGACCCUGAAACAAUCAAUGCGGAACAUAAACGGAACCUUCACGGUUAAACUGAAGUUGUUAUAUCUAUUUACUGCUUGUUAUGGACUUAAAUAAUUCGUCCUGUUGGGAUUCGAUUCGGGAGAAGGUGAAACAACAUAUACCAACCAUCGACUUCGAUUCUUCGCCAUCCGAAAAUGAAGAAGUCGUCACUGUAUUUCAGAGACCAGCUGGUCUUUCCCUGGAAGUCCCGAAAGGCUUUGACCUAUUUUCAAUGGGUGAUGAUGAAUCAGAGAAGCUGAUGAAACCAUCAUGCUGGUCAGAAAACAGAGUGAAGUUGGAUGAUGAUGAUGAUGAUGAUGAUGAUGAUGAUGAUGAUGAUGAUGAUGAUGAUGAUGAUGAUGAUGAUGAUGAUGAUGAUGAUGAUGAUGAUGAUGAUGCAGCACAAGGAGCUGCUGCCCCUCAGUGGGGAACACAACACUCUGAUGUUGAUGUCCAGGGAGACGCUUGUAAGAGAGAUGUUCUACAGGUGAACGGAGCCAAGCUGAAUGAUUCCGUAAAACCAAAAGUGGACAAAACUAAAUCUAAUGAGGGUUUUCCUGUUCUCUCAUUUGCGAGGCUUGAUCAGUGGGACUUGGAUGAAGUCCUCCAAAAUCUAAAAAAGGAUGGUUUGCCUCUGCGACAACGUGUGUCAGCUGAACCUUCACAAGCACUUGCAGAUGGUGAAAAGAACAAGUCCCAGCAGAAUAUAAUGGAGAGACUAGUUGCUUUCUGUGGCAGCCAAUCAACUGAGUCCAUGUCUGGGCCUUUAAAAGGCCUAAACCACAUUAGACAGAAUAAUGUGAACAACACAUCAGUGGAGAGGAUUGAAGCCGAGCUGCAGCUGAUCCACAAGGAAUGCCCAACGGUUUAUAUUGACCUGCGUUGCGUCGAUACUUCAACAAAACAACAGAGAACAUCCCCAAAUGUUUCAUCAGAGCCCAAGUCACCAGCCAAACUCAGCACCCACCAGACAACAACAUCUAUAAACAAACCCAAUCUUAAUGUGCAUGCUGGAUCACAGACAGGAAAUAGUUUGUGUCAUUUCUCCACCAGGGAAGUCACUGGCAAGAGUCUGCUGCUCCAGAAAAUCAGGGAGAUGAGGAGAAAUGAGAAUGCAUUUUCAUUGCCAGGGAAUGAAGCAGACGAUAUGAAAGAGAACAUACCCCAUGCCAAAAAGUCAUCACAUGUACAGUUUGACAGAAACCUUCAAAUGGAAAGCCCCAAAACAACUCAGCAAAGUGCAAUCAAAGAAACAAAUCAUCCGCGGCACCAAACGAGACAGCAAGUUAGGAAACCAUUACAACAUGAACAACGGAAGAUUCUUAAGCAGCUGGAGAAACAUCGCACAACCAAAUCUGUCAAUCAGAAGCAGCCAGCUGCUGAAAGGACGGACGUUCUGUAUGAUUUCGAGGCAUCUCAUCUACAAACAAUCUGUACACUGUCAGCAGAUAUUGAAAGCAAGGGGUGUAUGCUGCUGAUUGUCGACCUAUCAACUCCUGGUACAGUCGGAGCAAGGGCUCAUGGGAGGAACAAACAUCGAAAUCCAGCUCCGUCCAAACCAGACGUCUACAACACUUUAGUGGCUUGGUUUCUGUCUUUGGCUGGCCCACAACAUGAUGAAGAGGAGGGUAGUGCAGAGGUCCCAUUCUGGGUUGCAGGCCUUCAGCAGCUGUGGACAGAGGAUGGACUGGCUCUGCACGUUUUAGCCGUGGCUCGGCAAACGUACACGCCGAGGAAAAGGGACAGAGACAUCCACACACGGUUCUAUAACCAUGUGUGCCGGUUCCUCUCUGAGACUUUGCUCACUCAGAUCGCCCACUGGCUUCCUCAGCUGAAAAACGUGCUGGACCAACAAACCUACGCCUCACCCAUCGAUCUGCCCUGCUCCUGUUUGAACUGUUUCAUCUCCACCACCACAGACAGAACGGUUAUAGUUCGGACAUUUAGACUCAGCCCAGGGUUUUACUGGCAGACUCUGGAGACUCAGGAGCGUGUGUGUAAGGGGAGGGAGAGCGCACAGGAGCUGCACACUGAGGUUUCAGUCGCUCUGGGGCGCGGAGCUUUCUUCCUAGAUCCCCUCAUGACACACUACACCCUCCAGCUUAUCCUCCACUCAGGGCUGGAUGUGUGUGGUCUGAGGCUCCUCUAUCCACCACAGGAGCUCCUGGGUGGCAGAGAGGAUGCUGCAGCAGGUAUCCAGAGAACAGAUGAGUUCUGCCAGCCUGUUCUUGCCCUUGCUGUCCGUGGCCUUCAUGCCCACAAAGUGUUGGCAGAUGUAACUAGUUCCUUAGAUCCUCUGCUGCUGAGAAAUACAGAUCUAGACCCUCCUCACUGCAGAGGUCCAGAGUCUGCCCUCUUCUACCCCCCUCCAAAGGCUAGUGGGGUCCACAGGGAGCUGUGCUUCUGGUUUUCAGGAAGAAUUCCAGGAGGAAGUGCUCCGAAUUACAACCGGCCUCUAACUAGAAUGGAUCCAUCAAAAGACAGAACCGAAGACACCCUGUUCAAUUCAAGCAGUUCACCGUCCUUACUGUGUGCGACAACAAAAGCUGACCUUCUCCUGGUGGUCUCUCCAGCUGUGCCUCCAUGUUGCUUCGCCCAGCUGCUGGCUGUGUGUGAGCUCAGAGGCUUCAGACUGUUGGGGGUGCAGAGGCUGCAGCUGCAGAGCAGUGGAGCGGCAGCCCUGGGUCUCUCCAGCCUGCAGGCACCUGUGUUCUGCAGUCCUCAUCCUCUGACCCUGGAUCAGGGUCAACUGGAGUCGCCCUCUCACUGUCUGGUGUUGUUACUGAGGAAAGAAAAUGCAGCGCACCACAGUGUCAGGCUGCCAGCAGCCCUAAUGAGAGAACUUAAGGCACAAAGGCUUCUGGGUAGCAUCCACUCUGGACCUGAUGGUGUUCACACAGUAGAACCAAGCUCCUGGUUCCACACUGUGCCUUACAGCAGUCACCAGCACCACAUCUUUGUCAGGUGUAUGUGGGCGGUGCCAGACCCUUCCACUGUGAUCCUGUCCCAUCAGAGGUGCCCACCCGACCCUGAGGUGGACCAGGUGGUGGUUUUGACCUUGAGUGGGAAGGACAUGAGCCGAGGUCUGAGCCUCCUACACAGAGCGCUGACAGGAGGGCCAGACGGUGAUAAAGGAUUGGAUCUGCUUGCUCUGAAGUGGCUGCCUGCGCUGACCCGGCUGCAGGCUCAGGAGCUGAGUCCGUACGAGGAAGUGGCGUUCAGACAAACCUCCCUCUUCUUCUUCCAGAACGAGAUGAUUGCUGGUAGGUCAGAAACGGGUUUAUUACCAGAGCCUCAGACGCUGCUCACUGUGUGCCUGCUCAAGCCAACAGUCUGGAACCAAAGUGUGGCUCAAACCGUGCACACCCUCCAGCUGAGGGGCCUCUCUCUGGUGGGCCUGCGCGUCCUGACUCUGGACAAACACACGGCCUCCUCACUGCUGCCUGCAGAGGAUGACCCUGAUGUGGAGUACUUGUGCUCUGGCCCCUCAUUGGCUCUCUGCCUGCAGGGGGAGGGGGCCGUGACGAAGCUGCUGGAUGUGGUUCAUUCAAACACUGGCAUCUAUGGAUCGACAUCACAUCAGAAAGCGAUGCAGGAUGUGAGGAGGCUCUUUCCAGAGGGGCUGUGCUGUUCUGAGAGCAGCACAAUGAGACAGGAGCAGAUACUCAGCCUGCGCUCAGACCCUUCAGCCUCUUUGGAGCGGGGGCAGAGCUGCACUCGGGCCUCUGUGGACCAGGAGGGGGGUGCACCUUCCAUGGCAGCGGCACAUAAUGGAGGUCUACACAGCUCUGCCUGGCAGACGACCUGUCUGCUGAUACCGGUAAACGCCCCCCCUCUCAGCGGGGCACCCCCCCACCUGGAGCUGCUGGAGCGGCUGCUGGGGGGGGGGUGCCAUCUGGUGGCCGGGAGGAUGAGCCUGCUGGACCCUGAGCAGAGGAGACACAUCGCUGAGACCCUGAUGUCCUCCAGAGGAGAGGAAGGGUGGUCCCAUCUUCCCGCGGCACCCUGUCUCAUCGUGGCUCUGCAAGGGAAAGCUGUUGUGACCGGCUUUAACUCAAUCCUUGAAAGUAUUUACAAGGAGAGGACAGACCUGGAACAAGUGGGGGAAAUGAUGAUCUACCCAGAGACUCAGAAAGAGGCCGAGCAGCUGAUGGGCUUUCUAUUUGAUGACUUGUCCACAGAGAAGUGCCAAAGAAAUGUGCCAUAAAAUAUAAAAGUAUGCCAAUGUAUUAGUCAGCCUUUUUAUAUAUGUUACGAAAUAUGUAAUUUAAAAUGCAAAAGAACAUAUCCAUGUUUCCAAGUUGCUGUUCUGAAUAAAGUGUUAUCCCUGUU